AUGCAGGGAACAGGAGGUAAUUUCUCUGCCUUUGUGUGGAACAGGUUCGUCAGCGUGAAGGAGCAGCGUCUGACCUCUCUGGUGGCGAACAUCCUGAUUGGUUUGUCUGCGUUCAUGCUACCCCUCCCUCUGCAGUGGAUCCCAAAGCCCGUCCUCUACGGCCUCUUCCUUUACAUCGCAGCCACGUCGCUCGAUGGGAACCAGAUGGUGGACCGCAUGGCGCUGCUGCUGAAGGAACAGACCUCGUAUCCUCCCACACACUACAUCCGCCGUGUGCCUCAAAGGAAGGUCCACUACUUCACGGGUCUGCAGAUGAUCCAGCUGAUCGUCCUGUGUGCGUUUGGGAUGUAUCCUCUGCCCUACAUGAAGAUGGUCUUCCCUCUGUUGAUGAUCCUGCUCGUACCUAUCAGGACCAGCCUGCUUCCCAGAAUGAUUGACGCCAAGUACCUGGACAUCAUGGACUCCCAGCACAUGUAGAACACUUUCAUUUUCUCCAGCUGGAAGGGGAACAGACUCACCACUCAGCGAUUGUGUUACUUUACAAACUAAAGGCAUUUUGGACAGCGAGAAUUCAGCGAACUCUGCCCCCUGCUGGUGACUGGACGACUGCCCGCGCAGCUUAUUUACUUUCUCCUCGUUCACCAAACAGGAAGCGUCUUUUUGUUCUUUAACAUUCCUCCAAUGAUCAUGUAGUUUUUUUAUUAAACACACAGAUCUGUGCAGUGUGGUCUUCACGUUGGUUUCAUAAAGCACGCUGAAGCCAGAUGGUCCAGAUGUUUAGAUAAAAAAAACUGCUGCUUGUCUUGUGAGGAGAACGAUAACAUGAUGAUAAUGUAAGUAUGAAGGUGAUUUGUUCUGUUGUGAUUCAAUCAAACUGUUCUUAAAUAAAGCCCUUUAGUGGAACUGAA